AUGCUUGCCUGGGCAGGGACAUUUGAAGGCAAAAGCCAACAGUCUCCAAGGAGUCUGUUGAAGAAUUUUAGCAGCAGAGACAGCAGAGACAGCAGAAAGCAGGACUCCUCCAGCGUGAAGAAGCAUUACCAUGAUUUUUUUAUGCCAUGGGCCGCCCACAAAGGUGUCCCCCAUGACAGUGCACAUCAUGCUCACUCAGGAGGCACAGCCUUCUCUACCCAGAAGGCCCAGAAGAACGGCAGCCACACCAGUGUGGUGCACUUACUCACGGUAAGCUACUGUGCUCCUGCAGCGCGGACUGGACGACUCCACCUCUCCUUCCGCCCUUCAGGAGGCCUGCCUCCUGAAGCAGGAGUCCCAAGAGAUUCAAGCCCGGUGAAACCCAAGCACUCAGCCAGGAUCCAAGCCAGGAAUCAGUGGGGAAAGCAUAUGCUUUCCUUUAUCAAUCAAAAAGGGCCUCUCACAGAAGGCAUCUUCAGAAAAUCAGCCAGUAUAAAAUCAUGCAGAGCCCUAAAGGAGAAACUAAACUCUGGGGACAAAGUGAACUUGGAUGAUGAAUCCGUUCUUAUGGUAGCAUCCAUCUUAAAGGAUUUUCUUCGAAAUAUCCACAGGAGUGUAUUUUCAGCCAGUCUCUAUGAAUGGCUUGGUGUUAUUGAUCAAGGGAAUGAGGAGGAGAAAAUAACUGCAACCCAGAGUCUUUUAGACCAGCCUAAAAGCAACGUAGUUCUCUUGUGAUACCUUUUUGGAGUGUCGCAACAUUCCUCAUCCAAUCAGAUGACAGUUUACACUUUAUCAGUGUGUACAGCCCCAAGCAUUCUUUGCCCGUCUAAUUCUGGCAGCUCAGAAUUAGAAAACAACUUCACAAAAAAGAUUUCUUUUGUACAGUUUCUCACUGAAAACUGCCUCAAGAUAUUUGGAGAAGAUAUCACUUCCCUCUUUGAAGAUAGCUCAAUGAUUUGUAAUAACAGUGAUAUCACUGAUAACAGUGAGAAGCUGCAGGUACUGUCAAAACAACCUCUUGAAUCCAAGCCAGUGAGAGUGAUAGUGAUUUACAAAAAGGCACAACUGCAGGAUGAUGCCAAGGCCCCACCUAGCACGGGUCCACCCAGCUACCUGUCUACAAUUUUCUAA